UUAGCGGAGGGCACGGCCCCCACCGCGCCUGGCGCCUUUUCUGCAAGAACGGGGGUUGGGGCGGAGGGGAGAGCCAGGGCGCGUGAUGCCCCCAGCCCGCCCAGCACAUGACCCAGGCGGGCCGGUGGGGUCCUGGCACUCCGCGCCGCGUCCCCCAGCAGGGCCAUGGCCUCCCCUCGCCUGGGGACCUUCUGCUGCCCCACGCGGGACGCGGCCACGCAGCUCGUGCUGAGCUUCCAGCCGCGGGCGUUCCACGCGCUGUGCCUGGGCAGCGGCGCGCUCCGCCUGGCGCUGGGCCUCCUGCAGCUGCUGCCCCGGCGCCGGCCCGCGGGUGCCGGCGCCCCCGCCACCUCCCCGCCAGCCUCGGUCCACAUCCUGCGCGCCGCCGCCGUCUGCGAUGUGCUCGGCUGCCUGGGUAUUGUAAUCCGCUCUACGGUGUGGUUGGCAUGCCCAGAUUUCGUCGAAAGCAUCUCUGAUGUGAACGGGACAGACAUUUGGCCUGCUGCUUUCUGCGUGGGGAGCGCGAUGUGGAUCCAGCUGCUGUACAGCGCCUGCUUCUGGUGGCUGUUUUGCUAUGCGGUCGACGCCUACCUGGUGAUCCGGAGAUCCGCGGGGCUGAGCACCGUGCUGCUGUACCACAUCAUGGCGUGGGGCCUGGCCACCCUGCUGUGCGUGGAGGGAGCCGCCAUGCUGUACUACCCCUCCGUGUCCAGGUGUGAGAGGGGCCUGGACCAUGCCAUCCCCCACUACGUCACCACGUACUUGCCGCUGCUGCUGGUGCUCGUGGCCAACCCCAUCCUGUUCCAAAAGACGGUGGCCGCAGUAGCCUCUCUGCUGAAAGGAAGACAAGGCAUUUACACCGAGAACGAGAGAAGGAUGGGAGCCGUGAUCAAGAUCCGAUUUUUCAAAAUCAUGCUGGUUUUGAUGAUCUGUUGGUUGUCAAAUAUCAUCAAUGAGAGCCUUUUAUUCUAUCUUGAAAUGCAAACGGACAUCAAUGGAGGCUCUUUGAAACCUGUUAGAAAUGCAGCCAAGACCACGUGGUUUAUUAUGGGGAUGCUGAAUCCAGCCCAGGGAUUUCUCCUGUCGCUGGCCUUCUACGGCUGGGUAGGGUGCAGCCUGGAGUUUCAGUCUCCCAGGAAGGAGAUCCAGUGGGAAUCGCUGACCACCUCGGCUGCCGAGGGGGCUCACCCGGCUCCGAGGGGCUCCCACGAGCCCCACGAAACCCCCGAUUCCAGAAAGGUGUUGAGACUCGGUGGGCAGACUUCUGACGAAGCCCUGAGCAUGCUGUCUGAAGGUAACACCCACCUGCCAGGGCCCCACAGCUGCCCUUGCAAAUCCUUUACCAAACAACAGGUGGCCCAGUGUGGAGGGGCGUCCUGGUGCGAACACUGAACUUUGGGGUGCGAAUGGAAAGUUCUGGUUGCUGACAAUGACUCCACUCUUGCAUUUUGCCAUCUACCUCUCCUUUCAUAUUCCAGUGGUGCCUGUCAUUCAUUCAUUUACGGCGUUACACGGUAGCCAUAAUUCUCGCUGGUUCCCUGUUGGGUUAGAUGGCAUCUUGGUUUUUAUUUUCCUAAAUAUUAAGGGGGUACAAAUGUAUUUGUUACAUGGAUAGCCUUUGUGGAUGGCACUUUGAAUAUGGGAUACAUUGUCACGUUAAGCCCUUUGACACAUUGGCUGCGAGGCAAGGAAUGUUAUGAUGUGGCCUUCGGGUUAUAGGUGCAGUCUAAUCGGUCCCACCCGCCGGCCAGGGCUGACGCCUCGGAUCUGUGCUUUUCACACGGAGACUCUAGCACUGGGGUCUUCAAGCUGUGCUCUGAGGAACAGUAACGUGGUGCUUCAGCCAUCCAGUAAAUGGUUCAAAUUCCAUCCCAAAGUUCACGUGAUAAAAAUCAUGCAUACUUAAAAUGUGUUGGCUACCAAGCAUUGACCCACAAACCCACUGACUUGGCCUGCUAGGGUCGCUAGCCUGUGUGGGGGGUCCGGAAUAUGUUCUUCACUUAAGUGAAGACUUAAGUCCUCAGAUAGCAAGGUGAACCACUUAAAAGCUGUUCCAUUUUCAGCUCCUCAGCCAUUUAAAACUAGAUUUUUUUUUUUUAAGAUAAACUCUCAUUCUGUC